UAACUCCUAUUUAAGAGGCUCUUGUUGCGUUUGGACAAUCCAUUGAAUGCAAAAACAGUCCCCAUUUUCAAUCCUCAUUCUCUCCCCAUCUUCUCCGUCAUCAUUAAGAAAAUGGCGAAGAAGAGCAUUGUUGCAGCACAGAUAGUCAUAUUCGGUAUUUGCUGUCUCUUCGUCGAUGCUGCCAAUGCGUUCGUGGCAUUGACCGAGUGGACAAAUGCUCAUGCUACUUUCUAUGGAGGCAGUGAUGCCUCUGGAACAAUGGGGGGAGCUUGUGGGUAUGGCAACUUGUACUCAACUGGUUAUGGGACAAGGACUGCAGCUUUAAGCACUGCAUUGUUCAACGAUGGAGCGUCAUGUGGACAAUGCUACAAGAUCAUAUGUGACUACAAAUCAGACCCGCAAUGGUGCAAGAAAGGAGUGUCUGUCACCGUCACCGCUACAAACUUUUGCCCACCUAACUAUGAUGAACCAAGCAAUGAUGGAGGCUGGUGCAACCCACCUCUCCAGCACUUUGACAUGGCUCAGCCUGCUUGGGAAAAGAUUGGAAUUUUCAGUGGCGGGAUUGUGCCAGUGAUAUUCAAGAGGGUUCCAUGCAAGAAACGUGGUGGAGUUAGAUUCACCAUUAAUGGAAUUAACUACUUUGAGCUUGUCUUGAUAAGCAAUGUUGCAGGGGCUGGAUCUAUUCAAUCUGUGUCCAUCAAAGGCUCUGGGACUAGUUGGAUGCCAAUGUCAAGGAAUUGGGGAGCCAAUUGGCAGUCCAAUUCCUAUCUUAAUGGCCAAUCUCUCUCAUUUAUGGUCACCACUACUGAUGGAGAAUCAAGAAUUUUUCAGGACAUGGCCCCUUCAAAUUGGGCAUUUGGCCAGACCUUCUCUAGCUCAGUCCAGUUCUAAAAGCCAGAAAAAUAUUUAAAAAAUGUUUUGUUUUCAUAACUAUUUUUUUGAAAAACAUUGAAAAGCUAGUUUGGUAAAAUUCAAAAACAAUCAAAUUAGUUUUUAGUACUUUUAGAAAAACGGAUUCUGAAAACGAAACCAAAAACAGACUUGGCUUUUAGGGUUUUGGGUUUUAGCUUCUAGUGCAGCGGCGUGCUUAUUAUUUACUAGAGCAGCCCGCCAUUUUUUUUUUUUUUUUGUGCAUUUUACAGCCCCGCCAAUUUGUUGUUUUGUGAGUUUUUGCACUUGAAAAUGGUGGCAGCGGUUGAGCCAUCAAAACUGGUGCCAAUAUUAUUUGCAUACUGUAAUGAAGAUUGUUUGUUACAUAUCAAUAAGAAGCUUGGUAGUAUCGCAGCUUCAUAACUUUGUUUUUCAAAUUGUACUUCUAAUACAAUUGCAAUGUAUAAUAUAUAGAAUAUUUUCUUUC